ACUGAGAACAUAAUGAAUUCUAAUACAUCGCAUGUCAACCACCACAGUUUUGUUCUGACAGGAAUUCCAGGAAUGCCAGAAAAAAACCCUUGGAUGGCUUUUCCCCUGGGACUUCUCUACACACUAACUGUCUUGGGAAAUGGUACGAUCCUAGCUGUCAUAAAGGUCGAUCAGAGUCUCCAUGAGCCUAUGUACUACUUUCUCUCUAUCUUGGCCUUGACUGAUAUUAGUCUCUCCAUGUCCACCUUGCCUACCAUGCUGAGCAUAUUUUGGUUUAAUAUUCCUGAGAUUUCUUUUGAUGCAUGUAUUACACAGAUGUUUUUCAUUCAUGGGUUUGGAGUGGUAGAAUCAGGAGUCUUGGUGUCUAUGGCUUUUGACAGAUUUGUGGCCAUCAGAGACCCACUUCGCUAUACUUCUAUUCUCACCCACGGCAUCAUUGGCAAGAUUGGAAUUGUUGUUCUCACCCGAGCAUUCUGUGUGGUGUUUCCUGUACCUUUCCUUAUAAAGAGGCUACCUUUCUGCCACUCCAAUGUCUUGUCUCAUUCAUACUGUCUCCACCAAGAUGCCAUGCGACUAGCUUGUGCUAGUACCCGCAUCAACAGCCUCUAUGGCCUCAUCAUAGUCAUCCUCACCUUGGGAAUGGAUGCCCUCAUAAUUCUCUUUUCUUAUAUACUCAUCUUACACACUGUACUGAGCAUUGCCUCCAGGGAUGAAAGGCUCAAAGCUCUCAAUACCUGUCUCUCUCACAUCUCUGCUGUUCUCCUCUUCUAUGUUCCUCUCAUUGGUGUUAGUAUGAUCCACAGAUUUGGAAAGCAUUUAUCACCAGCAGUGCAUACACUAAUGGCCAAUGUCUAUCUGCUACUCCCUCCUGUACUAAAUCCCAUUGUUUAUAGUGUGAAAACCAAACAAAUUAGAAGGCGGAUUAUCUAUGUGUUCCAAAGGAGAAAGAAUAAAGCUUAA